CCCUUCGUUUUGCCGUGAGCUUUAGAGAGAGAGAGGCCCACCUCCAAGUGUCUCGCAAUUCGCAAUCGUUUCUAUUUCUUCGUGUGUCUUAAGCCUCUUCUUCUUCUUCUCCUUCUUCCCUUCGUUUCAACGCUUUCCGUUUCACAAAUUCUCUCCCUAAACUCAACCCCACGUCAACGCGAGAGCUGCAGAAACACACAAAAAAGAAAAAGAAAAAAAAAGGAGACAGCCCCUCUGUUCCGAUUCCUUUCUUCUUCCCAAUGUAACAGCCGCCCCUUUUCCAAAUUAACAAAUUUUUAUCUGGGUGGCUGUGGGUCUUAGUUAUUGUUCGCGGUUUGCUGUUUUCUUGUUUGGGUUUUCUUCGUUUUAGCGUUUACGGUGCUGGAGGAUGAAGAACGAGGAUCAAGCCAGGUCCCUCUUCGGGAUUUCCCUCACUGAUCGCCCCAAAUGGCAGCAGUUUCUCAUUUGUUCUUCUGGGUUUUUCUUCGGCUACCUUGUUAAUGGCGUUUGCGAGGAAUACGUUUAUAAUCGUCUUAAAUUCAGUUAUGGAUGGUAUUUCACAUUUGUGCAAGGAUUUGUUUACCUGGCACUUAUUUAUCUCCAAGGUUUCACGACCAAGCAAAUGGUCAACCCAUGGAAGACAUAUGUGAAGCUCUCUGCUGUUCUUAUGGGAUCUCAUGGAUUAACCAAGGGCUCCUUGGCCUUUCUGAACUAUCCAGCACAAAUUAUGUUCAAAUCUACCAAGGUUCUGCCUGUUAUGUUAAUGGGGGCCUUCAUUCCUGGCUUGAGAAGGAAAUACCCAAUUCAAGAGUACAUCUCUGCAAUUCUUUUAGUGAUUGGAUUAAUCCUCUUCACCUUAGCGGAUGCACAGACUUCUCCAAAUUUCAGCAUUUUAGGUGUUGUUAUGAUAAGCGGUGCUCUUAUUAUGGACGCCUUUCUCGGAAAUUUGCAGGAAGCCAUUUUUACAAUGAAUCCUGAUACCACACAGACGGAGAUGUUAUUUUGCUCGACCGUGGUUGGCCUGCCUUUCUUAGUAGCACCAAUGGUGUUAACGGGGGAGCUGUUUCGAGCGUGGACUUCUUGUGCUGAACACCCAUACGUCUACGGGGUCUUGGUGUUUGAAGCCAUGGCGACAUUUGUUGGUCAAGUAUCUGUUUUGUCCCUCAUCGCCAUUUUCGGUGCUGCCACAACCGCAAUGAUAACAACAGCAAGAAAAGCAGUCACUCUCCUACUCUCAUACAUGAUAUUUACCAAGCCAAUGACAGAACAACAUGGAAGCGGGCUGCUGCUUAUAGCCAUGGGAAUUAUAAUGAAGAUGUUACCAGACAACAAAUCGCCUUCAAGAGCAGCAGCAAUUUCUCAUGCUGUUGAGAAAAAAUCUGCUUAUUAG